GGGAGAAGAGAUGGAGGAGAGAAACACGUGAGAAUUAUUAUAUCAGGAGUAUCCAUCAGCUACUACCGUCCAAUAAUCCAAGGUCAGCCACACCCUUAAUACAUACAGUAUGUAAAAUCUGAGUUUGUGGCCGCUCCGCUAGCAAGGCCUCAUCCAUGUGGAUUCUGGAGAGCCCGCUGCUCCGGGACGCCGGCGCCGCCGUGCUCACCGGAGCCACCGCCCUCGCCGUGCUUCGUUUCUGGGAAGAGGUCGGCAACCGCGCCCUCUUGGACCAGAAACUCUGCAGGAAACUCGUGCAUAUUACUGUUGGCUUAGUAUACUUCCUUAUGUGGCCUUUGUUCAGUGCGGAUGAUGUCUAUGCUCCAUUUCUUGCUUCCCUUGUCAUUGCAUUCAACAUCAUAAAGGUUACCUUGAUUGGACUUGGUAUUGUCAAAGAUGAUGGCGUCAUUAACUCCAUGACCAGGAACGGAGACCGCAGAGAGCUUCUUAAAGGUCCACUGUACUACGCUUGUGCUAUAACACUCGCUACUGUAAUUUUCUGGAGGACAUCUCCCAUUUCAAUCGCAGUGAUUUGCAACUUGUGUGCCGGAGAUGGUGUAGCUGACAUAGCUGGAAGGCGAUUCGGACAUGUAAAGCUUCCUUACAACCCUGAUAAGUCUUAUGCUGGAUCCAUUGCAAUGUUCUUAGCUGGUUUCCUUGCAUCAAUCCUGUACAUGUGCUACUUCCACCUCUUUGGAUUUGUCGAGGAGAGCUGGAGCAUGGUGAUCGCCUUUGGUGUGACAUCGCUUGCUGCUGCAAUUGUGGAGUCACUCCCUAUCAGCACACGCCUGGACGACAAUCUGACUGUGCCACUCGCCUCUGUCCUCGUUGGUGUCCUUGUUUUCUAUUAUACUGGGGCCAGAAACCUGUGUUGUAUGAGCGCUGACAGCAGUGACAUUUCUGCACUUGUGCAGAAUCAGAUGGUCUUGGACAGGUUCUAGUGACUACUGACUAGUAAGUAGCUGCCCUGCAGAGCUGAAAAGAAACUGAUUUACUAAUAUCAGAUUUGAUUAAUGUAACAAGGAUCGAUACAAGCUACAAGCAUCAUAGUUGUAUCUUGUAAUCAAGAAAAACAAAAGCUAUCUGAUAUACUAGUAAGGCAAAAGUUGAGUAGAGGAAAAACAUACCAGAGAGCUGUCUACACUCCAAACUAAAUGUCUAUUCUGUAUAUAUGGUGGUUGUGUGCAAGCUGCCA